AUGUUCUCCAGGCUUGGCUUCACGAUACCAAGAGCCACACGUGGCCUUCAUACGGUGCCAAAAUUGAAAAACCAACAACAAAUUAUUGAAAGUGGUAUCAGCGGGGUGUACUCACCAGCCGGAUUCAAAACAGCAUGGUUGGACUACCAGAAGUACUUGACCACAAACCUUUCAUUGCACACCGUGGGCAGCGCCAACGAAACCAGAACUCCUUACUUCAUCUUAUUGAACACCGCAAAACAAACAACAGAGCAGCACACGUUCCAUUACGCCUCGCAAGCACACAAUAACCACUUCUUCUUCCAACAGCUAGGAAACAAGGAAGAUGUUCUGAUCACCAGGCCGUCCAGAUUCAUCAUGGACCGUUUGGCCGACCUCAAUAUUCCUACCGUGGAGGAACUCAAGAACAGCAUGCUCACAGAGGCCGAAAAGCUCACUGGCCAGGGCUGGGUUUUCUUGGUGGAAUUGCCAGACAAGUCUUUGAAAAUCAUACGGUGCAACAACGACGGUACACCUUACUUCUACGGUAAGAACCAGCUGUUGGAUAUGAACGGUUCUGUCUCCGAGGAGACGUUUGAACAGUUGAACGGCAUCAAAGAUAAGGCCGCCAACGGUGAGCUUGACUUGACCUUGCCCCUCUUGGCCUUGAACUGUUGGGAUGUCGCUUACUUGACUGACUAUGGCAUCACAGGCAAGUCCGAGUACUUGUCGAAGGUUUGGGAUUGCAUCAACUGGGAGGUUGUGAACAAGCGUUUGUUCCAGGUAUAA